AUGACCGCCACCGCAGGUCUCGUCGGCUACGCCCUGAUCCGCAACAAACUCACACCUGGCGGCAUCAUCGCUGGAAUCGCAGUGGCUUUCGUACACAUGCUGCACCCCUGGCCCGCGUUUUUCUGGCUACUCAUCAUCUUCUUCCUGCUCGGUACGCUAGUGACACGCAUCGGGCACAAGGCGAAAGCGGACUUGACGCAGUCAUCUUCUGGGGGUGGCGGCGGCGAGGGUGCAAGGACGAGCGCGCAAGUCUUCGCCAACUCCGGUACCGCAUGCGUUUUGAUCUUGUUGCAUGCGUGGCUUUCGAAUAGCACGCCAUUCAUCUCUUCUCACCUACCGUUGUCGCCCAGUCCAUAUAUGCCGGGCCUGAAGCGAGUGUUGCCAGUGGGUAUAAUUGCGCAAUACGCCGCCGUCGCAUCGGACACAUUCAGCUCGGAGCUUGGUAUAUUGGCUAAGACGACCCCCUUCCUUAUCACCGCACCGUGGAAGCGAGUACCUCGGGGGACGAACGGAGGCGUGACAGUUGAUGGAUUGCUGUAUGGUCUUGUUGGUGGCUUCUUGCUUGUCAUAACGGCAUCGCCUGCUUUGUACUCGUUGCCACCAAACGCAGCCAUCAACGUCCCGGCUGCCGUCCUACUCACGGUUAUGGGCCUCCUGGGAAGUGUCAUCGAUUCAUUGCUCGGUGCUGUAAUGCAGGCUACCGUGACGGACAAAGGUACAGGCAAAGUCGUCGAAGGACCUGGUGGGCAAAGAGUCAAGGUUGCUGCAGGUGGGGCCAGAGUGCAGACUGGUUGGGAUCUACUCACGAACAACGGGGUGAACUUUUCAAUGGCGGCUUUGACGAGUGUUAUAGCCAUGAUCACCGCGUGGAUGGUAGGUCUCAGUCUGACAGUACAAUAA